UGUAUGGUGAGGCUCAUCUAUUGUGAAAUGUUGGGAUAUGAGUCUUCCUUUGGAUAUAUCCAUGCAAUCAAGCUUGCACAGCAAGGGAAUCUUUUGGAGAAAAGAGUUGAGAAAAUGGUUUAACUCCAAGCAAUGCUAUGUCUGCAUACACAGAAGGAAGGCAGUGUCUUGCGGGAUAUGCUUGUUUGAUAUCCUUUGUUUGAAUUCCAUCUGGAUCAUCCACUCAAGUGUUGGAGUUUCUGAGAAAAUGCCUUACGAGUGAUGAUUUAAGGUUGCUUUUUCCCUGAGUAAUGAAAGCCAGUGCACAGAUGCUCUGGUAGUGAUUAAGAAAGUUAAUCUUCACCAAACCUGGGAGGGCAGGUGGUAAGCUGAUUUGAAGAAAACUUUAUAUGACCUCUGUUACUUGGCAGUUUCUUUAUUUCUUCAUGAAAAUCAUGAACUGCUACUUCUGCUUGUGAACACAGUUGUGAAGGUACAGUGUUUUUGGAGGUUUGGAGGUAAUCUAACCUUGGACCACUUCUUCCUAAUUUAUGUCAUACAAUAUCUCAGCUGCGUACUCAUAAGUUAUAUCUCAAGCUCUUAAAGUUCCUGUUUCUUUGGUUAUAUCAGAAUUUGAAGUGGUUUUUCCUAGCUUUUUUUGUUUUAUCUCAGUGCCUCUUUUGUUGAAGCCAUAUUUUAAAAAUUGUAAACAGGUGAUACACCAUAAAAAAUCCAUUUAUAAGACAUACUGCUUGUGUAUAUUCUAAACUUUAAAAGGAACUAUGCAUGCAUAUUUCAGUGUAAAAGUUUGCUUUUAGCUGACAGCAGGUAUCUGUUAGCUUCUUUGAGUUCUCUUAGAGUUCUUUUGGAAAUAUGCUUUGGAGUGACACUGAGAAUCCAUCACAAAGUGAUGUUUCAUAGUCUUCUAUUAGAGUACUACCUCUCACAGUUAUCAGUUCUGACUUUUUAUGUAAGGAUUACUUUUAUGCUACAUUAAGCUCAAUUGUAGACUGAAAAUAGUGCUCAUUUUUACUGUUGUGGUACAAAACUUUUAUAAUCCUUAAAAAUAUAGUUUGAAACUGGUGUUGUGGAAGGAAGUGAGAAAUGAGAGUCCAUGAGGAACUAAACCAAAACGAGCACCAAAACUGUCUGUGGCAAACAGCCCGAAUGAAUGGUGCUUUGAGCUGGACAUCUUAACUGUGUUUAAAUUGUUUUGAAAAGGGAUUCUGAUCUUAUUUCGUGACUCCAUCUGUGUUUGUAUGGUGUGGGUUUUUUUUGGUGUUAGGUUACAAUGAGCUGUACCUUCUGGUUUUAGUUGUACUGGGGACAGAUUGUGAAUUUUCAUUCUCUUCUGAGGGUGUAGAUAAUAAAAAAUAUGUAACUGCCAAUACAAUUGGGCUUGCUAGUAUUCUCUUUUUAAAUUCUUUGGGCUAGAUGAAAGGCACUGGAGAGAAUACUAUUGACUUCACUAUGAAGUAUGACUCAUCUCACUGAUUCAAGUGGGAGCUUGGCAUAGCUUCGUAAUGAUGACUGUUUCAGUAAGCAAAUGUUGAUUGUAGAUCUGUUGAAGUCAUGUACAUUUAAAAUAUGAAUGUAGCUCCAUAAUGUGAGUGUGAGGAGCUCCUUGUUUCUGUAUGAAAGAAGAGAAGAGCUUGGUUAGCUCAGUGAGAGCUGACAUGUCCCAAACACAAACGGACAGCAGGCUGCUCACCAGCAGGUUGCUUGCUGCAGUGGGCUAGAUGCAGCCUGCUGGCAAAAGGUGGGGUGUGUCUGUACAGAACUUAAAAGUCUACAUGAAAAAUGAUGGUCUUAUUUCAAUGAUUACAAUAGGACUUACAGAGCACUAAUCUAGUAGAGGUGAGCAUGGCGUUAACCAUUGUCAGCCAGAUCUUUCCACGGGAGAUGAUUCCAGCUGUUCUUCCCUUAAUAGAAGACAAGCUCCAGCAUUCUAAGGAAAUUAUCCGAAGAAAAGCUGUUCAGGCUUUAUAUAAAUUCUAUCUCAUUGCUCCUAACCAAGUACAGCAUAUUCAUGAUAAGUUCCGGAAAGCCUUAUGUGACAGAGAUGUUGGAGUCAUGGCUGCUUCUUUGCAUAUUUAUCUUGAAAUGAUUAAGGAAAACUCGUCUGGGUAUAAAGACUUGACAGAGAGCUUUGUAAUCAUCCUAAAGCAGGUCGUGGGAGGGAAGCUCCCUAUUGACUUCAAUUAUCACAGCGUGCCAGCACCAUGGUUACAAAUUCAGCUUUUAAGAAUACUGGGGCUGUUAGGAAAAGAUGAUCCAAGGACAAGUGAACUGAUGUAUGAUGUUUUGGAGGAGUCUCUAAGAAGAGCAGAGAUAAAUCAUAAUAUUACAUAUGCCAUCUUGUUUGAAUGUGUCCAAACAAUUUAUACAAUUUACCCCAAAUCUGAAUUACUUGAAAAGGCUGCCAAGUGCAUUGGAAAAUUUGUUUUGUCACCCCAAAUUAAUUUGAAAUACUUAGGUUUAAAGGCUCUGACAUGUGUUAUUCAGCAGGAUCCUAAUCUGGCACUUGAGCACCAGAUGACAAUUAUUGAAUGUCUGGACCAUCCUGAUCCCAUUAUUAAAAGGGAGACUUUAGAAAUUCUUUAUAGAAUUACAAAUGGACAUAAUGUGAUUGUCAUUGUUCAGAAGAUGCUUGACUACUUAAAAGAAACCAAGGAAGAAUAUGCUAUCAUCACCUUAGCUGGCAAAAUAGCAGAGCUAGCUGAGAAAUAUCCUUUUAUUUUUCAGAAGCCUUUUGAUACCUUUCAAAGGAUCUUUCAUGAUCUUUUGAAAUACAAAGUGUUACAGUUGUGCUUUUCACUCUUUAAAAUGCAAACAAAGAAGUGUGCGUAUUCUUUUUUCUGUACUGUUGAAAGUGUCCAUUCAGUAAAGUGCAUUGUGAUUUAUUUGAGGACAGGCAGAAAUGAAAGUUUUUUUAAUCUCCAGAGUUAGCAAAGGCUGU